GCGCAGCGGCUGGGUGGUGGUGCGCUUCCAGCUUGUGGAGCAGCUUCCGCCGGGUCCCCGAUGCACCCCCGGCCUUCUCUGCCCCCGCCGCCGCCGCCGCUGCCGCUGCUGCUGCUGCUGCUGCUUGCAGCGCUGGUGGCCCCGGCCACCACCACCAGGACCUACUGGCCGAAUUGGGACCGUUUGCGUGGCCUGGCCCGGGCGCGGGUAGAGACCUGUGGAGGAUGACAGCUGAACCGCCUCAAGGAGGUGAAGGCCUUCGUCUACCAGGACAUCCCAUACUAUCACAACCUGGUGAUGAAGCACCUCCCCGGGGCCGACCCCGAGCUCGUGCUGCUGAGCCAUCGCUACCGAGAACUGGAGCGCAUCCCGCUCAGUGAGAUGACCCGCGAGGAGAUCAACGCGCUGCUGCAGGAGCUCGGCUUCUACCGCAAGGAAGAGCCCGACGCACAGGUGCCCGACGAGUACCUGUGGGCACCUGCUAAGGCCCCCGAGGCACCGCCAAGGGCUCCAAGAGACCGCGCUGACCUCUAGAGGGCCGCCCUGCCUGGACCCCGGUGACACAAUGAAGCGCUCAGCAUCCCGGGAGCCCCCCUCCCUUGCUGAGGGCCGACACCCUGUCCCCGGACCGGCAGGAAUGGAGUUAGGGGAUUCGUCCCCUCUGUUCCACUAAACCUUUGUUUUUGACCGCGUUUCAAGACUCUUUCCUUGCAGCGGCCGGUGAGG